AUAGUCUAGAGGUGGGAGAACGAACGGGGCCCGGAGUCGAUCAUCCUCCGUUUCUCGCGUAAACCUUGCCUAGGGUUUAGCCGCCUCCCGCUUCCUCCGGUGCCGUCCGGACCCCGCCAGCGAGCGGCAUGUGGCCGUCGCUCCGGCGAGCCGCAGCCGGCGGCGCUAGGCUGAAGAAUGUUUCUCAUUUGCUUCCUGUUAGCUCCGGAUUCAAGGACGGUAACCUGUGCGGUUCUUGGAGUGGUGUGGAACUCCCCUUUGGUCUAGACACUGUCUUCCCCUCGAUUCGGAGACUUUGCUCAGAACCUGCAGAAAGGCCCUUCAGCAGCAGGAAUGGUGGUGAUAUACUGGGUCAAGAUGAGUCUGAUCUACCAGAUGGCAACUUAGAAACUGAUGGCGAGGCUGAUCAGCAAAAUGGUAGGACUGAUGAAUUCAAGCUGAGUGAGACCAAGACUAAGAAUUCAGGGCCCCAGUUUCUUGCAGUGGAUCACAGUUGUGGCACAGAUUUGCAAGACAAAACAUACAAGCCUUUUCUUUACAAAGUUGUAUUUGAUGCUCCCUCAAAUAAUUUUAGCCAUGUGCUUGAUAAGUGGAUUGAAGAUGGUAACCGUCUUGAAAGAAAUGAAGUCAUGAUGGUUUUGUUUCACCUCAGGAAACAGCAUCUGUAUCGGAAGGCUUUGCAGUUUGUGGAGUGGAUGGAAAGAGGAAAGCUACUCAAUUAUGAAGAACGUGACUAUGCUUGUCAUCUUGACUUGGUUGCACGAACCGAUGGUAUUGAAAAUGCUCAGAAGUAUAUUAAGAGGGUUCCACUACCUUUCAGAAAUGAGGUACUCUAUGAAACUCUACUUGUGAACUGUGUGCGUGUGGGCGAUAUCCAGAAGGCAGAAGAAGUCUUCAAGGAGAUAAAAGACUUACGCUUGCGUUUAACUCUCAACAUCUGCAACCAAAUGAUAUUGUUAUACAAGAGGAUUGCUUCUGGAAAGGUAGCUGACAUACUCAUGUUGAUGGAGAAGGGAAAGAUCGAGCCUUCUGCCUUUACAUACAAGCUGCUGAUUGACUUGAAAGGGCGGUCAAAUGACCUGGCAGGCAUUGAGUUGGUCUUAAACGAGAUGAAGGCUUGUGGCAUUGAGCCUUCUACUUCAACCCAAUCAAUGGUUGCUAUGUUUUACAUGCGUGGAGGGCUCAUAGAGAAAGCAGAAGCAGUUGUGAAGAAGAUGGAAGUGCAGCUCUUGGAGUCGACGAGCAGACGACAUGCCAUCAGAUCUCUUCUUCACCUCUAUGCCGCCCUCAACAAGCCAGAUGAUGUAGCCAGAAUAUGGAAAUUUUGCACAGAACCUAAUUUGGAAGAUUUCCUGGCUGCAAUCAAGGCAUGGGCCGAACUCGGUCAUAUCGAACAAGCAGAGGAGACCUUCGAGGAGAUGGCGAACCUGCCAACAAAUAUAUCUUCGAAGUACUACAUUGCAAUGCUGAAUGUCUAUGCACAUAAUAAACUACUGGCUAAGGGCAAACAGUUUGUGGAGAGGAUGUGUCGAGACGGGUGUCCGGCCGGUCCUCUAACCUGGGAUGCACUUAUCAAUCUCUAUGUGAAUUCAGGUGAGGUGGAGAAAGCCGACUCAUUUCUCCUGAAAGUGGCAGAAGAAAAUCCUGACAGAAGGCCCCUCUUCACUUCGUACGUCUUCUUGAUGAAGGGAUAUGCAAAAAGGGGCGAUAUCCAUAACACUGAGAAGAUAUUUGAUAGGCUGAAGAAGGGCGGGUACCCGGCAAAGUCACUACAUUAUGGUGUCCUACUUGAAGCCUAUGUCAAUGCCAAAGCUCCAGCUCAUGGGUUCUUGGACAGGAUGAGAGGUGACAAUGUGCGGCCAUCGAUAAAACUGCGUACACAAUUGAGAUCUCUUGGCACCUCUCAGAAAGGACGCAUUGCAGAGUUGGACUGAAUUUUUCUCUCUUUCGCUCUUGCUUUGUUCUUGUGAUGGAUCACCCAAAAGCGUUUCUUUAGUAGCUUUACAGAUCAGAGGCUACUUGGAGCCAGUAAACUCAAAAUACCAGAAGAACCAAAAUUUGCUUUUACGAUCAUUUUAUUAUUAUCUAGGAAUCAACUCUAAAGUAUGAAUUUGCUUCUACGGUUAUCAUCAGUCACUUUGAACCUGCCAUGCUGGUUCAUGCAUUGGUCAUUGGAGCCCUAGAUGGGCACUUCACCUGAUGAUGUGGCUGUCUUUACUUGGCUCUUAGAUGCGAGAUAUGGAUGUCUUUGCUUGGCUCUAGAUAAUGGAGAUGAAUCCGGAUACUUCUGGCCACUUGCUUCCUUGUCAUCAAUUUUUAGUCUAGAUUUUGACAAUGGAAUAUAUCACGUCAAGAUUAAAACAGUUUAGUUCCCAAACUUUAUACCCAAAUAUAUGCCUGUUUGGAGAGCUUCUAGCAACAACUGCUAUGGGGAUGUUUGGUCAAACUCCAACUGAAGACUCCAUAACGCAGAAAGUUCUCCAAAAUUAUCAUGAAAUUCCUCCAAAUCGAAUUGGUGCCGGCUUAUGCUUAUAAGCCAAAAUUUAAAUUUCCAAUCUUAAAUUGGAGUUGGUUUUGACGUUUUUUAUUGCAUAUUAAUUUUUAGUCUUUGCUUAUA